CCCACCGGCCACGGCCAUCAGAUUCGUCGUGUGUAGCGAAGCACUCGACGGAAUCCGGAAGCGAAGCGAGCGGAGAACGCCGACGAGCACACCACCGCCGCCGCCGCCGGCUCACGGUCUACCCACGCGCGUGGAAGCGGGGCGAUGGAGGCGUCGGGAUCCGAGCCGGGGCGGCCAUGGACGGUGUCCGCCACCUGGGCUCCGGCUGGCGGCGCGGCCGUGGAGGACGCCGUCUCGUUCGAGACGUCCGCCGACGACGCGGAGGCCGUCCCCUCCGCCGUCUUCCUUGAACGCCCUUCCCCUGAUGGCGACGGCGACGCUCCUCCCUGCGAGGUCACUGUUCAUUUCAGGGGAAAGUAUGAGAUUCACAGGGUGUAUGUGCGAAGCACAGCUCGGAUUUAUGAAAUAUACUAUACAACUGACCCCAAGGAUAGCUCUAAGGAUUAUCUAUGCACUGUGCGUUGUGGACCUGCAGUUAAAGAGCCACUCCCCUCUGCUGAAGAAAGUAUGCCCCAAUGGAGUAGUGAUGCCUCAACUAGUGAAAAGCAUGAGCAUGAAACCAAAAGCGUAAGCAGUAGUAUUGAUGAAGAUAGCUGGGUUGAUGUCAAAAUCCCAGAGUUACAUGUGGAAAAGAACAGAUCUAAAUCUCAAGAACCUAAUGCAAUUGGAGUCAAACAGGAAACCACUCUGGCACACUAUGAAGCAACUGCUGAGAUAACUGAUGCAAGCCCAUGUGUAUCUCUAACUGUUCGCCUCCUUUCACUUCAGUCAAAAACAUCAGUGCACAUCGAGGAGAUUUACAUAUUUGCUGAUCCUGUUGAGCCAACCAAUGAUGAAUCAGAAACACGUCCUGGAAACAUGGGAGGUAGUUCUUUGUUGGCUAUGCUUGUCCCUAGCCUCAUGCAAAUGUCCAAAUCAAGGAACCAGAAAACGGACAAUAAAUAUUUUUCUGAUGCCUCAAGGACUCAGCUUUCCCAAGGUUGUGCAAUGGCAGUGAAUAAUAGUCCAUGUGAAAAUGUAGUGCGAGAUGCAGAGCCGUGUAGCACAGAUGAUUUAAAUUUCAAGUCAGCAGGGAUGGAAAGCAAACUAAAUGCUAUAGAUGGCGAUACAAUAACUUAUGAAAAAGGCAACCAUUAUGAGCUAAAGGAUUCCAAGUCUAUUCUAUUGCCUAUACAAACAACAGAAAAUACACAAGCUCCUUUGACAAAGAACCAGAGUGUGUCAAAUACAGAUCAGCCUGUUACUCCUCUCAUGGAUGAAAAUCCAAAUCCUUACAGUCGCAUUGAGGGAAAGCUGGAUACUCUUCUCUCUAAGAUGGAGAAGAUGGAACUAUACUGCUCCAGGUUUGACGAUGGUAUGAUGAGGCCUAUCUGUAGCAUCGAGUCAAGGCUUCAGCGAUUGGAACAACAGUUUGAUGUGUUCUCUAUGGAGAUUAAGACUUUACAAGCUUCUUCUGCAAGAAUGACAGCCCCAGAUGGUUUAUCUGAUAUGAUUAAUCCACAGGAUAAAACAGAUAAUGAUGGUAAGGCUGAAAAUUCUGCUUCCACAACCAACAGGCAGCCAGGUCUGGUUGUCAGAGCACCAGAGUUUUCUUUAGAAGAAUCCUUCAGUUGCGAUAAGUCCAAUGAAAAUGCAGUUACCUUACGUGGACCGAGCAUGGUGCCAAGGCUUCUUGUUAAGGCUCCUGAUUUUGUUUCUGAAUCUGAGUUUGCUUGUGAGAAGCUUCAUGAUGGGUCUUUCUCACCAGUUGAUUUUGCUCUGUCUUCUGAGAAAGAACCUAAAACUUCCCCAGGUUUAGUUGUCAAGGUUCCAGAAUUUCCAAAUGAUUCAGAUGAUGAAUUGGAGGAAGAGAAAGAAACAGAAGUUGGUGAUCAUGAUGAUGGUCAUACAAAAUCUGAUGCUGCUUUGAGUGAAAGCACUGUUGACAGCUUCAAAAGCAAAUCUCAUGUAUCUGUCGAUGGUGCUCUAGCAUCAGCCUUGGAGGCACUUCUUGGUUCAACCAAGAAAACACCAUCUUCGCAAUCUGCUGCUUGCCCUGCCAGUAAUUCAACUGCUGAAAAUACUACUGAUUCUUCUACCUGCCCAUUUUCUUCUGAACAAGUUGAUGAGACAUCCACUAAUGAUGGCUCGGCUGGCCAAUUAUCUGGUACAUUCGUUGAUGCAAAUAAGGUCAAUACCUUCAUAUCUUGUGAGGAAGCAGAUGCAGUUCCACAAACUUAUAUCUCUAAGGCAAACUUGAAGGCUGAGGUAAACGAUCUGAAUAAUGUUCUCGAUUUGAACAUGAUGGCAUUUGCUGAAAGCACAGAACCCUUGUGUGUUCCACAGCUUCACACAGUUGAGGAAUCUAAAGAUGUUGGAAGCCAAGCAAAUCUAAAGAAUAAUGGCUCUAGUUCAUACAUGAUGCAAUCCAUUGCAAACACUGAGCACAUCAUCGCUCCUUCUCAGCUUCCUACUGUCUUGGAAUCUAUUAAUGAUGGACAACAGUUGAAUGGCAACAGAUCUACCUUGUCCUUGGCAGAGUUUCUUGUGGCAAGAAAUGCUAACUUUAGUAAGAAUGUGAUUUCUGAAGCAUUAUCUAGUAAUGGUGGUGCUGAAAUGCAUACCUUCAAGAGAACAUCGAUGGAAUCUGCUAAGAAUAUAAAGGAUAUCAAUCAACUUCUGCUGCAGAAAGCUCUAGAGGUUAAUGAGGAUGACAGUGCUAAGUUUUCUGUUUCUGGUGGGAUGAACUCUUGUUGUCUUAGAGCCUUUACUGAUUCCAAGAAAAGAUGCAUUGAGAGCAGCGGCUUGGAGGCAAGCCUCAAUGAUAGCUUUACAAAAUCAGAGGUAGAGCACUCCUUGUCAGAUUUGUGUAGUAUGGAAUCAUUUAGUGCAGAACCUGCUAGAGAAGCUGUCGGCUCAGGUGGUGUCACAGCUGGAAAUUGUGUUGAUGAUCCUUUUACAGGUAGUUCUACUGUAAACCCAACUGCAGGCGAAGAGCUGCAAAAGGUGUGUGACUUGCUUUACGAGUACAAUGAUGAUGUUUUAGGCAUGGCUUUCGUGGCAAAGAAAACAAGUAAGAGCAGCCCUUCUCUCGAAGUCCUACUUGCUGAAUCAUCUGAUUCGGAAGCGGAAAUUUCUGAUGCGAAGGACACUGACAAUGAUGCUGGCUUAAGUUCAGCUAGGUUGUUUAGUACAUUCUCGUCUUCAGAUGAUGAAGCUCCUCGCACUGAUGAACCUAUAAUUGAUGUAGUUGAUCUGCCAACACCAUUGGAUGCAUAUGCUUCUUCCAAGAACGAGCUGGUUGAUGAUGAGUCUUUGCUUGAUAUGGAUGAUCCGCCAAUUCCUCCAGAGUCGUAUGCUUCUGUCCUAAGCGACAUGCAUCAUGCAUGUCUAAAUGAUCAAUCAAAACCUUCAGGGACAUUCGCUGGAGAGGGCAAUGGAGAGUAUCCUGACAGCCUUAUAUAGGUUCAAUCAACAUUGUCCCACUUGUUAGAAAUAAGUCGAACAUACUCAAAAAGCCUCAGCUGCACUACUUUUUUUGUUGGUUUUACUGUACAUAUAUCAACGUUUGCUUCCACGCCCAUGCGGUUUUCUGUACAUAUAAGACUUACUGUGAGUAAACAAUUUACCUUUUGGUAUUACCUGUGUA